GCCACCGAGCCGCGAUCACAAAGACAUUGUUUUAACUAAUGAAAGCGGUAUGCACCCGGCUCAAACUUCAUUGCCACAUUCAUCUUCCUCGCAAAAUCGUAGUUGCGAGUGUGGAUUCAGAUUGAAAGGGAGCAUCUACUUGUACUACCAGGUAGUGGUUCAGUGGCCAAAAUACGACGACGUAAAGCUUUAAAUUCCAAAAACCUUGUCGUUGAGGCUUCUCGCACAAUGGCGGACUUUGACCUCGGGGCAGUAUUCAUCCCUGCCCUCCACAAGCCAGCAGAGCUUUUGGCCAUCGCGAAACACCGCAGGUCUCUCUUAUAUCUCAUUGAGACAUCCCCUGUAACCAUCGUUGUGGGCCAGACCGGCUCUGGCAAAAGCACUCAGAUUCCCCAGUUCCUCGAACGCGCUGGCUGGUGUGCUAAUGGGAAAAUCAUCGGCAUUACUCAGCCGCGCCGCGUUGCUGCCACAACGGUAGCGGUCAGGGUUGCCGAAGAGUUUGGAUGUGAAGUUGGGAAAGAGGUCGGCUACUCAAUACGUUUCGAAGAUGCCACUUCCGAGACCACCCGUAUCAAGUUCCUCACUGAUGGACUCCUCAUACGAGAAGCCCUGGUGGACCCCCUUCUCUCUCGUUACUCUGUAAUCAUGGUGGACGAAGCCCACGAGAGAUCCAUCAGCUCCGACAUUUUACUAGGGUUGCUAAAAAAGAUUCGCAAGAAGCGGCCAGACCUAAGAAUCAUCGUCAGUAGCGCAACCCUUCAAGCAGAAGAGUUCCGCGAUUUCUUCUCGGAACCAAAAGAAGAAACGGCGAACGACAAGGAGGAUGUAAAUAAUGCGUCCAUCGUCAGUUUGGAAGGGAGGACUUACCCGAUAGACAUCCUCUAUCUCGACUCAGCGGCCGAGGAUUAUCUCGAGAAAGCCGUCUCUACGGUUAUCGAUAUCCACGCAAACGAACCCAAGGGCGAUAUCCUUGUCUUCUUAACCGGGAGGGAGGAGAUUGAGCAGGCCGUCCAGGCCAUCUCGGAGCGAUCCGCCCAGCUCCCUCCGGGUUCUCAAGCCAUCCUGCCAUUGCCGCUCUAUGCUGGCCUGCCCACCGACCAGCAGAUGUAUGUGUUCGAAGAAGCACCCGAGAACUUCAGGAAAGUCAUAUUCUCUACCAACAUCUCCGAGGCAUCCGUGACGAUAGACGGUAUUGUCUACGUUGUGGACUCCGGUUUCGUCAAACUUCGCGCUUACGAUCCGAAGACGGGAAUUGAGAGUCUGACAGCAACGCCUGUUUCCAAAGCAUCUGCAGCGCAGCGAGCAGGACGGGCCGGCCGGACAAGGCCCGGCAAGUGCUUCCGAUUGUACACGGAAGAGGCAUAUCAAUCUCUCCCUGACGCCAAUAUCCCAGAGAUACAACGCUCAAAUCUCGCACCCUUCGUCCUCCAACUCAAGGCCCUGGGCAUAGAUAACGUCCUGAGGUUCGAUUUCCUCACGCCGCCCCCGGCGGAGCUGAUGAUCAGGGCGCUGGAGCUGCUCUACUCACUCGGGGCACUGGAUGAGUAUGCCAAACUCACCAAGCCCCUGGGCCAGCGGAUGGCUGAGCUGGCGGUUGAGCCUAUGAUGGCGAAGACACUUCUUUCGGCCCCUUCUUUCGGCUGCCUGAGCGAGAUCCUGACGAUAGCAGCCAUGACGAGUCUCGGUGGGAACAUCUGGAUCCAGCAUGAAGGUGAAAAGAAGAAAACAGAAAGCGCGAAACGAAAAUUUGCCGCGGAAGAAGGCGACCAUCUCACCCUUCUCAACGUCUACCAAGCGUUCGUGACAAAGGGCCGGAAAGAAUCCCGCUUCUGUCACGAAAACCUCCUCAAUUUCAAGUUGAUGGCGCGGGCGGUCAGUAUCCGGGCUCAGCUAAAACGGUAUCUCGAACGAUUCGGACUCAACGUCGACGAGUCUCUCGCGGCACAUACGACAUCAACGGCGAACAACAAAGCGGAGCAGAUACAGCGAUGCUUGACGGCAGGCUACUUCGCUCAUGCUGCGAGGAUGCAGCCAGACGGGACGUUCCGGAACGUUUCGGGGACGACGGUGCUUCACGCCCAUCCGAGCUCCAUCAUGUUCAACCGGAAAGCGGACUGGGUCAUGUUCCACGAGGUCAUGGAAACGGGGAACAAGACGUUCAUACGGGACAUUACUCGGAUCGAGAAGUCCUGGUUGUUGGAGUAUGCGCCGGAGUUUUACAAGACAAGCUAACGACGCCACGCUUUUCGGGAUCUGGUCAAGGGGUGAAACAUGAGUUUGGGACCACCAACUCAGGCUGGAGAUGAGUUUUCUUGGUGAAGACCAUGUCGUGGCCAUGGACAAUACCCACACUUUGUGUCUCCUGUUAGGUACCUGCCGAGCUCAAAGCUCGCGUGCCACUGAUACUGUCGGGUAGGGCCGUUGCGGGU